AUGACUGAACUAAUAAUAAUUAAAACUAAGGAAGGAGAAAAAAUAAAAAAAAUCCUUGCUGAAAGACAUAUCAAUUAUGAAGUAUACCAAGAACCGGAAAUUAAAAAAAUUAGUGAAGCAGAGUUAGGACAAGCCUACCGGGAAGCAUGGAGUAAUCCUCAAAGAUAUCAAGAGGCUAAGCAUGAAGAAGAAAAAGAAAAAGGUAUUAUUCAUGAAUUACAAGGAACCCAUCCGGGAAUAAUUAUUUCUAAUAAUCAGCAAAAUUUAUUUAGUCCUUUAAUAACUAUUAUCCCUCUUACUUCUCAAUUAGAUAAAAUUUAUCCCUUUGAAGUGCUAACUGAAAUAAAUAACCAAAAAGGCAAAGCCCUUACCGACCAAAUUACUACCAUUGAUAAAAAAAGAUUAGGUAAUUAUUUAGGACAAUUAGAUAAAUCAGUGAUGCAGCAAAUUCAAGCAGCCUUACAUUUAACUUUGGCUUUGGAAGAAUAA